UUAUGUGCUGCAUCCAAGAUGUCGGACAGCUAUGGCUCAUACGAUGAUAACCGUGGAUCAUACGGCGGAGGGGGACAGCAGCGAUAUGGUGGCUACGAUAAUCGUCAACGAGGAUAUGGAGGAGGAGGUGGUGGAGGAGGUUCUAGACAACCUAAAACUAUGCCUACAGAGCCUCCCUUUACUGCUUUUGUAGGCAACCUUCCACAAAAUUGUGUCCAGGGUGAUUUGGAUCAUAUAUUUAGCUCAUUGCGGGUGAAAGGAGUGCGAUUGGUAAGAGAUAAAGAAACUGAUAGAUUUAAAGAUUGUCAGGAAUAUGAAAGCUGUCGAUUACGUGUUGAUGUAGCUGAAGCCAGGCGGAAUGAUAGAGGAUCUGAUAGAGGGCGAGGAGGACGUGGAGGUUUCCGAGGCAGUGACCGAGGGGGUGGACGUGGCCGUGGUGGCUACAGGGAUCAAGGAGGUUUCAGAGAUCAAGGAGGUUUCAGAGAUCAAGGUGGUUACAGAGAUCAAGGCUACAAAAGAGAUGGUUUUGAUGAUGGAGCAAGAAGUGGCGGUGACUAUAGAAGGGGCGGUGGAGGACAAUGGGCUGGUGAUAGAGGAGGAUCAACAGGUUACAGAGACAGAGAUAGAGAUAGGCCGCCACCAAGGUCACAGGAAGAGCUACGUGAGCCAACCGCUGAGGAAGCAGCUGCCAGACCCAGACUCAAGUUAGCACCACGCACUGUCAAAGACCCCAUUCAUCAACAAGUUGUAACGGCCCAAACUGCUAGUAUAUUUGGCACAGGGAAACCACGUGUGGAACCUGACAAACCAGAUGAGCCAGAAGAGCAAGUGGUGAAAGAAUGAGUGGUUUUUUUGUACUUCCUUUAGAUUUUUUCCCUAUUGAUGUCGAUAUUUUAUCAUUCUUAGUGUCUACACCUAUUAUCAACUUGUAGUAAAGUUUUCAGCCUUUUUCUUGUUCUUCCAAAAAUUAUUAAUAAUCACUUUGUAUUUGAUGUAUACCUUGCCCCCACCACACAGACUGCAGUGCAGUAGUGCUGUCAUCUCGUGGAAAAAGUUAAUCCAAUUCAUUUCCUGAGGUUACCCUCCAUGCUUGCAAGAUGCAAUCAAGUAUCUCAAGGAACAACAUCAAAAGCUUCAUCCUAUCCUUUGGCAACCCAAGUUUAUUGUUAAGUCAUUAAAAAUAGAAUUGAUUUUCUGAUAAAAACUUUUCAAGGCCAAACAAACCCGCUUAUCACCCCACCAACCCAACCCGAACUCCAAUCUAAAGAAAUUAUCGGUAUGUUUUUUUUAAUCUGACAUCAAUCUUUUGAUGUUGCCCCUUUUUGGUCUUGUGAAAUUGAGCCAAGAAGCAAAACCUUGGCCAGCAGCAAUUCUGUUCGAUCACUCAAGGUAAAUCUAAGUUUGUAAAGCAUAUGCCUCCUGCAUUUUUCACUUAACUUUUUGGAAACAUUUUGAUCAUCAGAUAAAAAUACGAAUUCUGAUGAAAGAUAGGUUAACUCAACUGAUUUUUAUCUUAUUGAAAUCCACUGCAAUUCAGUUUUAUGUUCACAUUUUUAAAAAAAUAAGGCUGAAUUUUACCAUUAACAAAUUGUCCAUUGACGUUGUUUUUUUCCCAAUCAUUUUGGCUAUCUGUGGUGCCUUUAAAGCAGGCAAUGUUUAGUACCCUGGUGGUAAUAAAUUAAUCCUCUAUACCUAACAGUGGUUUCAUCUUGUAGCACUGAACUGGUAACUUUUAAACCUCAAGUUGGAUCAAUUUUCAUGACUACUGCAUCUGCGUUAAGUCUCACAUAUUUGACACAUCAUUUUGCAAAACUAUCAAAACAAAUGAGUGCUGGAUAAAUCACUUUUACAACCCAUACAAAAACACAUGCUAGAGUGCUUACCUGUUUUUUAAAUCAGAACAUUUGUAUUUGACAAUUAAUUCAAUUUUAAACUUAACAAAAAGUAGAUGAACACGAUCAUGGCUGUCAUAAACAUGUCUCUGUGGUGGCCCUAUAGAAAAUUAAAAAAUUAAAAAAAACAUGCCAUGAAAAUUUCUUAAUUAUAAAAACUAUGAUACGGUGAGCAUGUUUGUGUAGGUUCCUUCAUCAUUUAAUUGUUUUGCUGUUAUUUUCAUCUUUUGACACAGUAUGGACUAAUUUAAUAUCAAACCUAAAAAUGUAAUGAACAGUUUUCUCUGUUGAUCAAGACCAAACAAAAAUGAAUUAUCUUGGUCCUGAUUUUGAAAUAAAUCACAGAUAAUUUAUUGUUGAAACCUGUGUAUGAAAAGUUGACAGUAAAAGAAUUAAAUAAUUGAUGUGUAUGAAUAUAACAAUUCAAAGUGAUAAAAAAAAAUGAACUAAAAUUAAUUCAGCUUUACUUUUAUUUCGCAGUUCUAGAAACUUCUGGUAAUGAUAAAAUAUUCAUAUAUGGCAUACACUACCUAAUAUGGUAUGUAAUUCCAAAUAUGGAAUUUGAAUAAUUUUAUUGCACCUUCCAAAGAGAGUUUGAUUGUCUUUUGCUACAGCAAGGUGGCCGAAGUACAGCUUUGUACCGUUUAUGAAUAAGAUGCUAUUAAUUUUGUUUGUUUUAUUUUACCUUUAUACAAAACUAGCAGUUGCAAUGUAAUUUUAUAAACGUUGAUAUUUUUUGGCAAAAACAUUUGUACAGUUCAAGUGUAGAUGCUCAUUUUAAAAUUUUAAACAUCAUAAACAUGUAUUCAUUUAAUUGGUAGAUGCCACCACUGCUUUACACUGAAUCGUUAUUUCUUCUAGAUAGACUGAAACUUAGAGGGUUAGAAAUGCCGCUGAAUUGUCACAUAUUUGUAGUUUGACUACUUAGAAUGAAUUUUCAUUUCUGUGUACAUUAUAUCGAUGCAGGAUAAUGCAGCACUAACUAUUUCAACAAACCUGGAAAAUGUUUGCUGGGACAAUUCAUAGAUGUUGAAUGGUUCUAUCACUUAAUCCUUGAUCUUAGCACAGAGUGCUACAUCAUCUAAAGCAUCUAAACCCAUUGUACAACUAAUUCAAAGUGGAAUCCCUCAUACAAACGUUUUACCAAACUAUGAUAUACACUGCGUCAAUAAUUGAAGGAAAAAAAUAAUUAUACAUACAUGUAUACAUAAAAUAAAAUAAAAAAUACGAAAGUUUUGUUGUAUUUCCCCAUUAGAAUGACCUUUAUAUAAAAUACAGAAAAGUUGUUCAGAAUGUACGUGAAUCGCUUGUUUUGAUGAAAUGGAGGUAGACAGUUAUAUUGUUAAUUUUCUCUUAGUAGCUGAUAGAUUGCAUUUGAUGUUUGUCUCCAAAGUAGCUGUUCCGGCGACACAUGCGGCAAAAGUUCAGGGAUUUUUUUUUUCUCCCUAUAUAUUAUAUCUGGAAGCAACACAAAAAACAUGAAUAAAUAUUUUUAAAAAAAAAAGCUGUUAUUGUGUAAGAUAGUUGCAGACAAAAAAAAAUCAAAUGAUCUUUCACGACCUAGUUAUGUUCGAAAUCUCACCUUUUUUCGGAAUCUCUUAAAGACUAGCUUUCAACUCGGUACUAUUUUAUUCUUAACUCUAUAUUUCAGCGGAGUGUAGAUAGGUGUGCAUUUUCUUCGUCCCCUUUUUCUUUACUUUUUUUCCAGUCUUUUCUGUCAUUACAAAAAGUUGUUGCAUAUUUGGACAUUGGAUAGUGAAUAUUUGCAAUAAAACUUUUAAAAUGA